AUGAUCUCAGCAAUAUCUAAUCUAACAGCGCGAUGGUCGGAAGAAUCAUUGGAAAAGCUCGAAAAAGUUGAAUCUCGAUUCUUUAAGAAUUAUGACGUAAAGUAUACAUCGGAAUACGUGCCGAUUCGCUUCAAGAAUAGUCGAAUUUACACCGUGAAAGUCGAAUCGGCGAACGAAGUUCCAGAAGACAAUCCAGCCGUCGUGUUCAUGCAUGGCUUCGGAGCGGGCGUCGCGUUCUGGUGUGCGAAUCUCAACGAAAUCGCGAAGAGCCAUCGCGUCUACGCGUUCGACCUUCUCGGAUUCGGACGAUCAUCGCGUCCAAUAUUCAGUUCGGAGAGCGCGAUCGCCGAACUCGAAAUGGUGGAAGCCAUCGAAGAUUGGCGAAAAGCGAUGAACAUUGAGAAGAUGGUCAUCGUCGGCCACGAUUUUGGCGGUUACAUGGCAUCGGCCUAUUCCAUCGAGAAUUCGCAGCACGUCGCGCAUCUGAUUCUCGUCGAUCCAUGGGGAUUCGCCGAGAAGGUUGAAGCCGGAGAGAAGUUGAUAAAACCCUAUCAAUGGAUGUCGCUUCUUGGAGAAUACAUCGGAAAGUCGAUGAAUCCUCUAACUCCGAUGCGAUGGAUGGGAAAAGACGCUCCGUUCAUAAUCCGCAAACUGCGACCUGAUCUCAUGUUGCGCUUCAAAGGAACCAAAACUGACGACAUUUAUAAAUAUGUAUACUACAGUAACCUGAACACUCCGACCGGUGAGACCGCGUUUAUGAGUAUGACAGUUCCCGUCGGAUGGGCGAAACGGCCAAUGGUUAAACGAUUCAACAAAAUCGCCGAAUCUGUUGGGACCACGUUCAUUUUUGGAAGCAAGAGCUGGAUUGAUCCAGGACCAGCGAUGGAUAUCCAAACUUCGAGAAACGCUUAUGUAGAUAUUAAGAUUAUACAUGGCGCUGGCCAUCAUGUCUACGCUGAUGAUCCGGACUUGUUCAACAAAAUGGUUCUCGAUAUCGUCGAGGGUCGUCUCGAGGUGACCACGUCCGAUUGCGAGGACGACCAUCGGUGCUGCGCCUGGGAAGUCGCCUAA